AUGGCUUCUCUGGUAGCAAAAAACACUUUUCCAAUCAUUUUCCUCCUCUUGACAGUAUUUUCAUUAUCCAAAGCUGAACUUCAUGCUCAUUACUAUGACCAAACAUGUCCACAAUUGGAGAAAAUAAUUUCAGAGACCACUCUCGGUGCUUCUAUCCAUGAUCCAAAAGUCCCGGCGCAUAUUUUGAGGAUGUUCUUCCAUGACUGUUUUAUAAGGGGAUGUGAUGCAUCAAUAUUGCUGGACUCAACUGCCACCAACCAAGCAGAGAAAGACGGUCCUCCUAAUAUCUCAGUUCGGUCGUUCUACGUAAUUGAUGAAGCUAAAGCAAAGCUUGAGUUGGCUUGCCCGGGCACUGUUUCCUGUGCUGAUAUACUCGCUAUUUUAGCGAGAGAUGUGGUGACCAUGUCUGGAGGUCCAUAUUGGAAUGUUCUAAAAGGACGGAAAGAUGGAAGGGUAUCAAAGGCGUCUGAUACCGUCAACUUACCGGCCCCAACCUCAACUGUAGACCAACUCGUUCAGAGCUUUGCUAAGAGAGGGUUGGGAGUUAAAGAUAUGGUGACAUUAUCUGGAGGACACACUCUGGGCUUCUCACAUUGUUCUUCCUUUGAGGCUCGUCUUCAUAAUUUCAGUUCAUUACAUUCCAUUGAUCCAAGGUUGAACACUGAAUUUGCACUAGACCUAAGAAAGAAAUGUCCAAAUCCAAACAACAAUAAAAACGCAGGGCAAUUCCUAGACUCGACAGCAUCAGUGUUUGAUAAUGACUAUUACAAACAACUGCUGGCUGGAAAAGGUGUGUUUUCUUCGGAUCAGUCACUUGUUGGUGACUACAGAACUAGAUGGAUUGUAGAAGCAUUUGCAAGAGACCAGAGUUUGUUUUUCAAAGAAUUUGCAGCUUCAAUGCUGAAAGUCGGAAAUCUAAGAGGCUUUGAUAACGGAGAAGUGAGACUAAAUUGCAGGAUUGUGAAUUGA